CAGGGCUGGACUGCCACUCCUCCUGCUAUGAUGCCUGGGCAUAUCCCAGACCCUUCCAUGACUGUGGGCUCUCUGCUAGGGCUCGCCCCCCUGACCAGAUUCUCCAGCUCAGCCCUGACUGCAGAGGAGCUGAAAUACACUGACAUCCACAACAUUGGGGCCAUGAUCACCCCUUUGCACUUCCUGGAGGUGAAACUGGGCAAGAGGCCUCAACCUGUGAAAAGUGAGCUAGAUGAAGAAGAGGAGUGGAGGAAAAGGCGCUGGGAAAAGAACAAAGUGGUGGCAGCCCAAUGCCGGAACAAGAAGAAGGAGCGGAAGGAGUGUCUGCAGUGGGAAUCUGAGUGGCUGGAGCUCAUGAAUGCAGAGCUGAAAACCCAGAUAGAGGAGCUGAAGCAGGAGCGGCAGCAGCUCAUCCUGAUGUUCAACCAGCAUCGCCUCACCUGCAUCGUCAGGACCGACAGCAUUAACACCCCUGACUCAGAAGGCAACCCACUGCUGGAGCCGCUGGAGAAGAAGUGA